AUGGCAGAGGGACCGCUGAUCCGCUGGAGGGAGCAGCAGCUUCUCACGAGAUGGAGAGGAGAAGGAGGGAAUCCAGGACUGGGCGAGAGGAGCGAUGGGGCCUCUACCAAGAAUGACUUCGAUGCCUUCAUGAUACUCCUGGAGAUGAUGAUGCAGGAACGCGACCAUGACAAGAGGCUCUCGUUGAUUCAGCGAUACCUCCUCGUUGCCUCUUCUUACCGCAAGUCCACGCCUCUCCGGUCUACGGAAGGCCUGGCAAAGAUGUUUCAUGACGUCCUGGUGAAAGCCGAGUCGGUCGUUCAAGACUUCAUCCAGGCCGAAGAAGCUCGUGAUGCUGAUCGCGAGGCUGCCAGUCUUCAGAACACACCCAAGGACAGGUAUGCGAGUUUGAUGAGGAGAAUCGCGGUGGCGAACGAAACGUCCAACGCAUGCAACAUGGCCUUGCACCAGUGCAGGCAGGAGCUGGACAGACUCGUUGAGAGGGAAAAGUAUCUUGACGCGGCAAAGGACGAUGGACGUCUGCCAGAGGCCUUGAGCGAGAGAGAGGCCGUCCUACUCCAACUCGAGUCGCGGCUGAAGGAGUAUAAGAAAUGUUUGUUGGAGGCAGGAGGGUUGGAGGACAAACGGGAGGUGUUGGAGUAUCUUGCCCGAUGUGAUAUCGAACACCUUCUGAGAGACUUCCUUACUUAUUCCCCGAAUCCGGGAGACGUGACGUCGACGGAGCUGCUUGGGGAGCUCCAGCAAGCGGGCGACAAGGGCGGUUCACGAGACCAAGGCGCAGACAACAGGAAGAGAGAGAUGAAGGAGCUGUUGGAGGAGACAGAGCGACUUGAACGAGAGUACCUCCAACGCCAUGCUGGAGAGAAGGAUUGGAGGGAGUGCACUGUCCGAUUGCAGAUGCAAGAUCAGGAGCACGUAGAGCAAGCUUCUGCCGAGCGAGUGAUGCAGCAGGUACAUGAUGUCAACUCUCCCUUGCGACAGGGGAGAUGCAGUAGCCUCUGCACAUCAGUGACGGUCGUGGAGGACGACAGACCGCAGGACGUCCAACAGCCGGCAGCUGGUCAGAUUCCAAUCCAGUCUGCCAUUGCGCUUGCGAUGGAGAAUGGCCUGAGUGAGAAGCUGGCAAGGAAAGUCUUGGAAGAGAUCAACCCGAAAAAGGAGCCAUACCUCGAUGCCCAACUGGUUCAGCGAGUUAUCAAGAAGAGCGGCACAGUGCCGGUCGCCUCCUUCCCCCCUUACCGCUCCUCCCAGGUCGACAGGAGCCGGUUAGGGAGGAGUGGGAUCGGCCUCCUGCUCCGCAAGGACAAGGACAGUGGUGCUCUGUUCGUGAGGGAGGUUAUGCCAGGAUCCCCAGCUGAUGGAGUGGUGAAUGGGGAGAGGACGGGAGAGGGGCUGUUGCCUGGGCAGCGAGUCUGCUCGUUGGAGGACGUUCCCAGCGAGGAGCUGAGCGAGGAGAGAGCUCACCUUAUCACCCUGGGCCAUUCCGGGCAGGAGUGCAAGGUAGUCGUAAUGGGAGAAGAGGGAGAGGAGGUAAGGUACUUCCCGAGGGCCAUGGGGUAUGACACGUUGGAGCUGUGGGGGAAAUCCGACGACCUGCUCGUGAGCUCGACAAGAAGGAGCAUGGGGAUGUUGAGGGCUGGAGGGGAGGAGGGGGAGAAGGAGGACGUUGGGAUCAGGGUGAGGCGGGAGGAGGAGGGAUUCAUCGUGACUGAGCUUCUAGCGGGCUCGCCCGCUGCUCUUUGCCAGCGCAUUCAGGUCGGAGACCGUUUGCUCCUCAUCGACGAUGACGUCCUUGCCCUCUGCAAUGUUGAGGAGGUCCAAGAGAUGCUCCGAGGAGCGCGAGGGACCAGGGUCAGCGUGACCGUCUCCUCCAACGAGGAGGAUGUCAGUCGUCAGACUGUCCGUGUGAUCGAGCUGGAGCGGGGCCAUGCCGCGGCGGCGGAUGGUCAUGCGGAGUCAGCGAGCAUGCAAGAAGCUUCAUCCCGUGAUGGGGAGGGCAAGGAAGAAGAGGAGAAGGAGGCAGCGAUCGAUUCAAGAGUGCAUGCUGGCCAGCCGCAAAUGAGCUGGACGGCUGAUGGGGAGAGGCAAGGGCAGGCUGGUCUACCUCAGACCCUCUCAGCGGCCCUAGGAGCAGGGCAAACUAAUCACAUGAUGAGGAGGACCGAGGAUGAAGAUGAGGAUGAGGAUGAGGAUGAGGUUUCUGACAGCGUCUUCAACAACAGGGAUGUCCCCCUGGAGGACGAAGAAUGUACCACAGCCGAGGACCUGCGAAGAUUGCUGCGCGCGAUGCGAUCAGGGGCGAAGAGGGAGGAUGAGGUUGUCUGCUGCGCGAUUUCACAUGCAACCUUCACGCUCGACGACCUGCUUUCAAGCUUCUCAGUCAGGAUGCGAUCAACUCGGCGACUGGAAGAGGAGGGAGAGGAUGAGAAGUACGUCCUUGCCCAUAUCCGCCUUGUGCGCAGCUGGAGGGUCGCCAUUUCGCUUCAGGGGCAGAAGAGCAUGAGCGACGUUCCCUUCCUUGGGGUCUAUGCGGUGGACAUUCGUGAAGGAGACCUCUCCGUUCGAAUAGUCUCCCUGGAGGAAAAAACUCUCAUCGAGCAGGCGGUCGAUGACCUGAAGGAACAACUGGAAGCGAUGGACUUGAGAUCGUCUGCCUCGCCGGAGGGGAUGGAGAGAACCUGCGUCAAGAUCGCGUCCUUCAUCGUCCACGAGUCCUCCGCCAUGUCCCGAGGGGAGACGAGCAGGCAAGACUUCCAGCACAAAUGCCUGAGCUGGCUGAGGACGGACGAGGCCGUACAGCGGCUGAGGAGCUCGAGCAAGGACGGGUGGAUUGUCGUCGGAGAGUUCAAGAAGAUGCUCCUGCACUACGACAGGAUGGCGCUCUGGAGCGAGCAGACGCUGCCUGCAGGUCUCAGCAAGAAGCUCCUGUACACGAGGAACAAGCUUGCGCUGUUGCGCUGGUUCGCGCAUCCCCCGCAACCAGAGGAGCAGGUGUUGUUCCUGGAUCCCGCGCAGGUGCGGGGCUUCCCUCCCCUCGACAUGCCGACCAAGUUGGAGGAGGGAGAGUCCUCGUCGUCCUCCCCCUCCUCCAUCGCACCCAAGUACUUCAUCUUCCCGGUGUUAGUCUGUGUCAACUCGUGCGAGUUUGACAGGGAGCGGAAGGGCCCGAGGAUCAGGGUCUCCAAGACAGGCUACAAGGCCAUCUGCAACAUCUCCCAGCAGCUGGGCGGGCAGAGCCUUCGGUCCUCCCUCCCCAUGGCCAUCGAGCUGAGCAGCGUUGGCCGCUCCUCCUCCUUCCUCCACUACAUGGAGGUCCUCGUCCUUGGGUCGGUUUAUGGCAUGUCGGUGGGGAUCGUGUCGGGCGAGACUGAGGACCUCUCCACCUGGUUCCCAGCAAACUCCCUCCGGCUGGAGUACGACGGGGCUGUAAGGGGCAACGGGAUCUUCCUCAAGCACUCCACGGCACAGGGGAAAGAGGGGCUCAGCUUCGACGACGGCGACCGGGUGGGCGUCUUCCUUGAUCUCCUGACGAACAAGAUCGGGUGGACAAAGAACGGCAAGCUGGUUAUGACGAGAGAGCGGCUCCCGCUCCUCCAUCCUCUAGCUGGGGACCUCAGGUUCAUGGUCUCUUGCCGCACGGGAGGAUUCGAGAUGAGCCAACGGCAGUCAGCGUACGACAACUUGCUCAAGGUGAAGCCCCUCUUACUGCCGCUCUUAGCCUGA